AGUAGGUAUCUGCUUUGGAAAUUGAAUAUAAUGUUUAAUUAAAAAACGUGCAGUAAAAUAUGUCCCAUUUUUAGCAUCUGUCUUCUAUAUUAGCACACAACGAGAUGUGUUAUCCCAAACAAUCAAAACACUAACAACUAUUGACCAUUUGUAUGGGUGCAAUGUUUUGUCUGCCGCGUGCUUCCCACAGGCAGAGUUUUACUGAGAUGCUUGUAUUACAACCGACAUAUAUGCGUCACAAUACCAGUGCAGAUGAGUUUCGGCAUAUAGCGAAGCUGUCAGAAUUUGCGAGGAGCAAAUAAAAUCUAGAGCACAACACAAGUGGCCGUCGCGUCGAUUCCUUGCGUGCCAGGUACACUCCGAAAUUGAGGAAGAAAAAUCAAUCAUCGCUUUUCAGUUUUCCAAAUGUAGGAAGGAUGGACGUUCAAAAAACCGAUCAAGCGGACUUUAUAUAUUGCUGCUGACUGGUUUCUGUUCUCUUCGAUCUAUCUCGAACCACCUCUGCCUAUCUACCCACUCCAGUACUGCGGACAUCGGAUACAAAUAUUUUGUCUUUUGUGUGCUUUUGAUUUGCUGCGUGUCGUCUGCGGGAGGAAGACCCCUAUCUCUACGUAAUCGCCGAAGCAUUACCGUCCAGGCCCAAUAUAUUACUGCGGACGCACAUAGUCGCUGCAGGAGGCACCUCGUCAAAUUGUGAUAUCGUGUGUGGAAGAGUCGGUGGUUGAUUGAGAGUAUUAGCAUGGUCAUGUUCCGAAUCUCGCAAAGGCAAGUUGUCGCGUUCGUGGCCUGUUUAGUUGGCCUGGUUUACUUGCUGUGGCCUGGUAGAUUCGCCAGUCGUUAUGAGUACAUCGAGGGCGAGGAGAUUUACGAUCACCUGGUGCGAAAGACGACCAAGAAUGUGAGUCUGAUGCGGAAUGGAAUUAGGUGCGAUUACAGUGAUGUGCUUGAGGAAAAUGUGUACCUUUAUCGGAGGCCUUUCACCGAAGAGAUUAUCAACAACAAUGUUCGUCUGGGUGGCGAGUGGUACCCGGAGGAUUGUCUUCCCAGUUUCAGCACGGCAAUAAUUAUUCCUUACCGGCAGCGGGAGAAUCAGCUAAAUCAGUUCCUUAUCUAUAUGCACAAUUAUCUGCGACGGCAGAGGAUUCACUAUAGGAUAUUCGUGAUUGAGCAGUACGACCCAAAGCCGUUCAACAGGGCGAAAUUGUUCAAUAUUGGAUCGUUGAUAGCGAUGAAGUUGGACUACCCAUGUUUGGUGCUGCACGACGUUGACUUGAUGCCCCUACAGUUGGGCCAUGUGUAUGCGUGUUCUCAGCUGCCGCGGCAUAUGUGCUCGAGUCUGGAUGCGUUCCGGUACAAUUUACCGUAUCGAGGAUUGUUCGGUGGAGUGGUUGGCAUCCAAUCGCACCAGUUUAUGAAGGUAAACGGUAUGUCCAAUAUGUUCAGCGGAUGGGGCGGAGAGGACGAUGAUUUUUUUGCCCGAUUGAAGAACAAGGAAAUCGAUAUCUGCCGGUUCAGUCCGGAGUACAGUCGCUACACAAUGUUGAAGCAUCGCAAGGAGGCACCGAACAAGGAUCGGGUUGCGUUCCUGCGGAACGGCCAUCUGCGGUAUCACACUGAUGGGUUGAACUCGUUGGUGUACAAGGAGGUAGGCUUUAAGAUGCACAAUUUAUUCACGCACGUUUUGGUCGAGACGUAAGUGCAGGGGUACGGAGCUACUGUUAUCUGUGAGUUUGUUCGAAUGAUAAGGUUUUAAAUUGAGUGGUUGUUGCAUUGUCAAGUGGACACGUGUUACUCAUUAAGAGGUAACUAUUUAUUUAUUUACUUAUGUCGUGGCAAUAUAUCGAUGAGAGGCUAGUGUUCUGGUAUAAGGGGAAAUGGCAGGAAUAAUCGACAAAUUAUUGCGCUUCGAUGCACCUACGAGACCGCACCAACAUGUAACAUGUUUUAGCAAGGUGCAUAGUUAAUUCAGGAGUAAGCACAUAUUCCUCCAGUGAAGUUUAUUAGGCAAAAUAAUAUCGAAACAAUUGAUUUUGGAGAAUAUUUGUCGUGAAUACCGUAUUUAACACUAGUCUCAUUAGAGUGGCGAUUCCGUAGUGAGUAGUCUUUUGAAUAAUUUGUAUUCAUUCACAGAUAUUAAAAUCAGUAUUGCAGCUGUUUAGUUUUGUCUUAAGUAUGAAA